UGUUUGCUCCAGAUGGAGAGAGAAAAGGUCUAUAACCUCUGAUUAAUUUCUCUCUCCAAGUGUCUUUUAACUUUCUCAUUCCAUCAGCCCAUCAUCUGAUCUUCUUCACCGUCAAACUCUGAAAAUAGCGAUGGAAAUCCUGAUGGAUGUGAAUCACCAUCAAUUUGAAAAAUCUGCAAACAUACCCAAACCAAAUUUUCAGACCACUAAAAGAACAAUAAAAAAAUGUCAGGCUACCCACACCUUCCUCCCGGCUCCGGCUACGGAAGCACUCUGCCAGGUCAACCCUACGGCGCUCCCCCCCCAAGGGCAGCACCAGCACCAGACAGCUCAACCCUACGGUGCUCCGUCUGCACCGUACGGCGCCCCACCCUCCGCACCAUACGGCGCACCCUAUGCUCCAGAGAAGCCGUACAAUCCAGACAAGCCUCACAAGAAUCAAGGCGGCGGCGGAGGAUAUCCUGCGCCUGGUCCGGGUUACGGCAGCCCGUUCGCGGCUUUGGUUCCGUCGGUGUUCCCGCCUGGCACGGACCCGAACGUCAUAGCUUGCUUUUAGCUGGCGGAUCAGGACAGCAACGGCUUCAUCGAUGACAAGGAGA